UCACAUGAAUUGGGGGGGGAAAAAAGUUAAAAAAGUUUUUUCCGGCGCAGCAGCAAUUAGCCUUAUAAUUUUCAUUUUCGGUCAAGUGGAGCUCCGAACAAAGCACUGUGCAACUUCUUCAUCUAUGGAAGAAUCCGACAAUCCCCCGAAUACCGCCGCUGCAGCCGCGGCGGCGUCGGAUUCCCCUCUCCAACGGAAGCGUGCGGCGAUGAUCGAACGCCUUUCAAACUCACACCAAUCCCGUUUAGCUCGCAAACCCGAUUCGGAAUCGAACUCCACAUUCAUCUCCACAAGUUCCUUUCUUUCUCGUUUCUCCGAAUCCAAAAACUCCAUUGAAUCCACGCUCUCUCGCAUACUUCAUACACCCGACCCGCAUUCCAACCCGACUCUUAAAUCCGAACUCGAAAACGUCUCAAUAUCCAUCGCGGAUCUCGAAAAACUCGUCGCUGAAAACUCCUUUUCCCUACCAUCCUACGAAGUCCGUACAUGCCUCAAAACAAUAACCGAUCUAAAACAAUUCGUCGAACAGGUUACACGCGAAGUAAUCCCAAGGAAGAAAUUCUCUUUCAAGAACAAAUCAACGAAGAAAAUCACAACGCAAAACAUAUCAGAAGUCCCAAAUGUGGAAUCAAAGAAUUCAGUGUUAAGGGUUUUGGAUUCGCCAGGGUUUAGGGGCAGAGAAAAUGAGGUUAUAGUGAAGGAAUUCGAUAGGGGUAAUGAUGAAGAGAUUAGAGAAUUUGUUUUAUCGGAUUUAAAGGAUUGUGAUGUGAGAUUAAUUGGGAGUGUGAGGGCAUUGUUUGUGCAUAAACUGAUUGAUUGUAAGGUAUAUGUUGGACCUGUUUUUGGGUCAGUGUUGAUUGAAGAAGUAACGAAUUGUGUGUUCGUUAUGGCUUCGCAUCAGAUUCGGAUUCAUAAAGCUAAAAGAUGUGAUUUUUAUCUUCGCGUGAGGAGUAGGCCAAUAAUUGAGGAUAGUGAUGGUGUAAGGUUUUCACCGUAUUGCUUAAAGUAUGAUGGGAUUGAGAGGGAUCUUGAGGAAGCUAAUCUUGGUGAAGAGACGGGGAAUUGGUUGAAUGUGGAUGAUUUUAAGUGGUUAAGGGCAGUGCAGUCUCCAAAUUGGUCAAUUUUGCCGGAAAAUGAACGCCUUGGCACAGUCGAUAUUUCAAAUCAAGAACCAAAAAUUUGAAUACUUUUGUCGCGAGGAGUGCUGAAGGAAAGAAGAAGACUACAAAAUAUGAAACAAGGUGAAGAUCUAAAAUGCAUUAGAUAAACUGGAGUUGGGUACAGUUAGAACUUUGAUAAAUGGAGCAAUUGCUGGUGCUUGUUCUGAAGCCGCUACAUACUCAUUUGAAGUUGUGAGGAGCUAGCUAGCUUCAGAUGCAGGUCCAGGCCACCAAGAUGAGUGAAUUGGCGACUAGCCUGAAGAUAGUUGAGUAAGGUGAUAUUCCUGCCCCUCUAUGUAGGAUUGUCUCCCAGCUAUUACAGGUGGUACAUCAAACAAACAAUUUCUUGUUGACUGUUGUUCCAUCAUCUUUGGAUUUAUGGUUGUGGAUAAGAGUCAUCAAUUCUUUACUGUGGAAAGUGAAACCUAGACAGCAAUUUGGGGUGGCGAUAAGUACCAAGAACAUCGAUGAAUGGGACAUACAAUUAUCUUAUUUUGUAGUAGUAAUACAGUUUACAUACAUGUAUAUAUUUCUUUCCUUCAUUUUUUGAUGGUAAAAUAAGCAUAUGUAGUCAGCCAUUAAGUUGUUGUUAAAGCCCAAAGGCUGUCUUUCUCUUGGAAGUCAAAACUAAGGUCUAAA